UCUGAACUUUAUCAUCAUCAACUAGACAAAGACAUAUCCAACAUUAAUAUUUUUGUUUCUUGUUUCUUGUUCCCUUUACUAUAACUAAGCAAAUUAUGUUUUGUCUUCUUUUUUCCUCAACGAAACUACUUUAAUAAAUUUCCUACUUUCCUCAUAAAUCAACAUUCAUAGAUAUAGCCCACAGACCCCAACUCAACAAGUUUUGAUUUUGAUCAGUGUUGGUCACUGGAAUUCCCAAAACAGUGAUGAUUUUGAGUAAAAGAUUUGUUUUUGACACUAAUAAGAAUAUGUGUAUGAAUUUCAUGAUUUUAAUGGUGAUGGUGUCAUGGUUUUGGUUAAUUCCUGCUACAUCGUCAUCAUCACUACCACAACAACAAGAGAAUCAGAAGCUGAGGUUUGACCAAAAUGGAGAAUUCAAGAUAUUGCAGGUGGCAGAUAUGCACUAUGCUGAUGGAAAGAACACACUUUGUUUAGAUGUUCUUCCUUCUCAAAAUGCUUCUUGUACUGAUCUUAAUACUACUGCUUUCAUUCAAAGGAUGAUCCUUGCUGAGAAGCCUAAUCUUAUUGUCUUCACUGGAGAUAAUAUCUUUGGGUUCGACUCCUCGGAUUCGGCUAAAUCAAUGGAUGCUGCCUUUGCUCCCGCAAUUGCAUCAAACAUUCCUUGGGUGGCUGUUUUAGGAAACCAUGACCAAGAAGGAUCACUCUCUAGAGAAGGGGUGAUGAAAUAUAUUGUCGGUAUGAAAAACACUUUAUCUAAACUCAAUCCUCCUGAAGUACACAUCAUUGAUGGUUUUGGGAACUAUAACUUGGAGGUUGGUGGUGUUCAAGGCACGGUCUUUGAAAACAAAUCAGUCCUCAAUCUGUACUUUCUUGACAGUGGAGAUUAUUCCAAAGUUCCUGCAAUUUUCGGUUAUGAUUGGAUCAAGCCCUCGCAGCAACUUUGGUUCGAGCGAAUGUCUGCGAAGCUUCGGAAGGCGUACAUAAAAGGACCAGUGCCUCAGAAAGAAGCUGCUCCUGGUCUUGCAUACUUUCACAUCCCUUUGCCAGAAUAUGCUAGUUUUGAUUCGUCAAACUUCACAGGUGUGAAAAUGGAACCUGAUGGCAUUAGUUCUGCUUCGGUGAACUCUGGUUUCUUCACUACCUUGGUUGAAGCAGGAGAUGUGAAGGCAGUUUUCACCGGCCAUGAUCACCUCAAUGACUUUUGUGGAAAGCUAAUGGAUAUACAACUUUGUUAUGCUGGAGGGUUUGGAUACCAUGCUUAUGGAAAGGCUGGAUGGUCUAGGAGAGCAAGAGUGGUGGUAGCAAGCUUGGAGAAGACAGACAAGGGAAGUUGGGGAGAUGUCAAGUCGAUUAAAUCAUGGAAACGCCUCGAUGAUCAACAUCUCACUGGAAUUGAUGGUGAGGUCUUAUGGAGUAAGAGCUUCCGCGAUUAUGAAAUGCUUGAUUUGAAGGCUCAGAUUGUGCUAAAACCGGAAGAGAAGAACAGAACCACAAUUGCACAUAAGUUCAUGAAUUGGGAGGAAAAGUUCUGCCAAGGAAACCAUGGCAAAAAUCAAAUUGGUGGAAAUUGAGAAUUUGAAAGUGAUGCUGCAAGCAAGUGUUGGGACUUGGUAUUCACAUCAUAGUUACUUUAUUUUGGAAUAUGUAAUGAGUUGCUAUACAAACUUUUAUUCAUAUAAAAUGGAAACUCUGAUAUACAUAGCAUCUAAUUCAAUACUGAAAUAGAAGGAUGGAGAUUACAAAGGAAGGAAUAGAAGGAUGAAGGUUACACUCGUUAUUAUUUCUAAAAUAUUUAUUGUUUAAAUAUAUUUUUUAUCCUUUAUCUUGUAAUCGUUUUGGUUUUUUAUCUUUUUUUAAUUCAUUUUCGCCGUUUAUGUUUUAUAAAGGGAUGAAUGUUAGUCUUUUCA